CGACCAGCACGUUGAGUUCAAAAGCAGAUCGUAUUUCACUUUCACCAAAAUAAUCAAUUAUUAUAAAAAUGAGACAUGAUAAAAAAGCUUGAUCUAAUUCCACAAACGCGAUUCCGCAGAAUCGCGGUGGCGCUUAACUGAGCGAUGUCAACUAAUUUUCGCCACAAAUUCAAAUAACGUUUUCUUCUUCUUCUUCUUCUUCUUCUUCUUCUUCUUCUUCUUCUUCUAGUAGAUCGGUAUUCUAAACUUGUUGCUAUUUAUCUCUUUUUUUUCUUCAUUCAGUUAGCAUCAGAAAUCUAGAAGCUUCUUGUGGUUGGAUUGACAUAGUUUGUAAGGCGUGGAAUCAUGUCGCUGAAAAGUAUAGUCCGUGAACUCAAGGGGAUGAAAAAUGGAAUAGGUAGCAUAUCAAGGCGGGGUGGUGAGAGCAAGCAUUGGCUCUCUCGGUCGAAGUCACAUGUUGCUCCGGAUGUAACUCCGACUGAACCUAUUCAACAGGGACAGUGGGCAAGUCUACCACCUGAAUUGCUUUUGGAUAUAAUCCGGAGGGUCGAAGAGAGUGAGACAUCUUGGCCUGCACGUGCUGUUGUUGUCUUUUGUGCUUCGGUAUGUAAAUCAUGGAGGUCUGUUAUGAAAGAGAUCAUCAAGACUCCUCAGCAAUGUGGAAGGAUCACAUUUCCUAUUUCAUUGAAGCAGCCCGGUCCCCGUGAUUAUCCAAUACAGUGCUUUAUUAGGAGGAACAGAGAAACUUCUACGUUCGUGUUGUACUUAGGUUUGGUGCCAUCGGAGCAUGAGAGUAAUAAGUUGUUACUAGCAGCCAGAAAGAUAAGGAGGGCCGUAGGUACCGGCUUUAUCAUAUCCUUGGCUGCAGACAAUUUUUCUCGAGCCAGCAACAAAUAUGUUGGUAAACUGAGGUCUAAUUUUUGGGGCACCAAAUUCACUGUAUACGACAGUCAACCCCCGCAUGAUGCUGCAGUUCAACCAAAGCAUCGUCCAAGUGGGAUAUUUAAUUCUAAGCAGGUGUCACCAAGAGUUCCAGCAUGUAGCAAUCUUGUUAGCACUGUUUCCUAUGAGCUGAAUGCUCUCUGGACUAGAGGGCCAAGAAGAGUGCACUGCACCAUGAACUCUAUACCUAUCUCAGCUAUCGAGGAAGGUGGAAAUGCCCCAACUCCAACAGCAUUACCUCAAAUAUUUGGCGAACCUUUUUCUCCGUCACCAGCACUGAAAGAAAAAAGCCCAAUGUCAGAUUUUUACUCUGGCAGCCUCUCAGAGCUACCAGGGCUGACUGAAGGCUCCAUCGAGCCCUUAGUACUCAAAAACAAAUCUCCCAGAUGGCAUGAGCAGCUCCAGUGUUGGUGCCUAAACUUUAUGGGGCGUGUUACAGUAGCAUCUGUAAAGAACUUUCAACUUGUAGCUGCUGUUGAUCCGUCUCAUAAUGUUUCGCCUGAGGAGCAAGAAAGGGUAAUCUUGCAGUUUGGAAAGAUUGGAAAAGAUAUAUUCACCAUGGACUACUCUUAUCCUCUCUCUGCAUUUCAAGCCUUUGCCAUCUGCUUGACAAGCUUUGAUACUAAACCAGCCUGUGAGUGAGAGCCGUGAUACUAUGCAAUCAUCAUCUGCCGAGUUGUCGCACAUAAAAAUGCUAGGCGCAGCCGCACGGUUCAUCAAGCACCAAGCACCCCGGCAUGCAUGUGAGAAUCUCAGAUAUGCAAUCCUUAUUAUUCUCAUCUCCCUUUGUAUAAGUUGUAUCGAUUCUGUAAUUUAUUCUGUAUGUUGUUUCAUAGUCCUACAAGUAAAUUUAAAUUAAACGGUGUUUAGUGAAUUUUGUAAUAUAUAUAAGUAAUACAUAUUUGCUAGUAUUCCUCA